UGUGUUAGUGAGAAAAUGAUACCGACUUGCAUCAGAGCCCCUCGGUCCAUUCAGGGCUCUACUGAUGACGUCACGCGGCAGACGAGGUCCAUUGUUCAGAUUUACACUGACUGGGCCAAUCACUACCUGGAACGAGCCAGAUCACGGCGUAGAGUGGGCACUUCUGGAGGAGGCCUAGCUAGAGACUGCGCUGAUGGCCUACUUUUGGCCGAUGUUUUAGAAGGAGUAACAGGUCUCAAGGUACCACGUGCUCAUCGAAAGCCAAGAAAUCCACAACAAAUGUUGGAGAACGUGCAGUGUUGUUUGGACUUUCUACAUACACAAAAAGUCCAGGGCUUAGAACAAGUAACAGCUGUUGACAUACGAGACGCGAAAUUAAAAGCUGUGUUAGCUUUAUUUUUUGCUUUGAGUCGACAUAAACAAGCUUCAAAACAACGAACGCCAUCUACCGGCAAUGCAACAAACGUGGGGAGAAGUUCAAGCGAAGACGUGUCUUUGAGUUCCGUCCAACGCAUAACAGGUGGCAGCAGCUGCGAUGAAAUAUUGACUGCUUGCGGAAAUAACAUCGACAUGACGACUUUAACAGCUAAUAGACAAGUCUCUGUGCUGCAGACGUCUAUCCCUCUGCCGGCGUCUGCGGCGGCGGUGAGACGCGCUCCACCCGACAAACGACCUCUGCCAGCGACCCCUGUACACGGAAAGAGUGGGCUCUCAGCGAGCUCAAGUCGGUCAACAAGUCCUCUUGGUCAAGGAGCAGUAAGUUUUAUACCUCGGGCGCCUGCAUCUUCUUCAGGUUCCAGACCUAAUUCGUCGUUACUUGCACCCGGUAGCAAAAUUCCUUCGGCCUUAUCCCAACCUCAACAUUCGCCAAACAUAACUCAUCAAAAUGGUGCUCCAAAUAAACAGUCCAUGCUAGAUAAGUUAAAACUCUUUAAUAAAGACAAAGUUAGUAGUGAAAAACAAAGCAGCAAAAGUACCGCGGUAUCAAAACGUACAAGUUCAUCAAGUGGAUUCUCAUCAGCAAAAAGCGAGCGAUCUGAUUCUAGUUUGAGUCUAAACGAAUCUGCGAAUGCUACAAACACACAUAUCAAAUCAUCUAGUUUGAUAGGACCUAAAAGUGUCAGACCACACAAUGAUACAUUAACAAAAGAUAGAUCUGGUAAAAACGUGAAAUCUAAACUAGUAAAUUCGAAGAUUGUGAAGGAAUCAUCGACAACUUUAAAUAAAACAAAUGUCAAAUCAAGUAAUGAAAAGUCAAGGAGUAGUCCGAAAUUACCUGCGCGUGACAAAGAAUCGAGGUUAGCUGCUCCAAAGUCUGUUAGUAAUACGAAACUAAAUCAAAUAGAAGACCAUUCAAAAAGUCCGAAGUCGAGACUGGAGUCGAAAAUGGUGAAGUUGUCUGGGAGUCAAAUGAAACUGUCUGAACGAACUGAGAAUAGUGACGUUAAAACUUAUGAGAAUACAAAAAAUCAUUCUCAUCAAAUACAACCACCUUCACCAACUAGUGCUUCCCAAGUGCCUCUUCAAAAUCAGACAGGUAUUCCUAAACCUACUGCAGCAGUAAAAGGGACAACGAAAAUAUCAAAAGAUGAAAAACACGGUAUCCAUAAAAGUACAAAUAGUCAAUUAAGUCCUAUUCAAAGUAAUUCUAGCUUAAACUCUACCAAUAAUGUUAGUGCUCUUCCAUUCUCUAGAGAACAGUCAAAUCUGAGCAAGGAAGUAAAUCAGAAACAAACUCUCGCUGUCUCUCCUAUGCCUGUUAUAAACAGUGGAAUUCAAAAUCCACCAUCCCAAAUGUCUGAGAGUUCGCAUUCAAAUUCGACACAUAGUACCACUGGCCAGCAAUCUAAUUCUAGUGAUGGCAGUGUCAUAUACCGCCCAUCAAGUGAAUCGGGAUCCGAAAUUUCAAAAGGAAGCAAUUUAGUGUGUAACAAAAGAAUAGAUAUGAAUACAACAUAUAUCAAUGACGUAAUAAAUGAAGCAGAAAUAUCAGAAAAAGAAGCUGCACAAAAACGAACUACUGAUAAACCUAGUCCCAAGCCAAUAUUUGAUGCUAAUAAAACUCUUACGGAAUAUGAUAAGAACGAUAGUCGUUCUAGUACCCCGUCUCAUUGUAGGGAUAACUCCCUAGGAGAAGAUGAAAACCCUUUAAUGAAUGUUCUACCGAUGAGACCUUUACUCAGGGGAUAUAAUAGUCAUUUAACUUUACCAAUGAGAACAACUGGGUUGGCGCAAAAAAAUAUACCUGGAUACCCUCAUCAUGCAAAUACUGUCAAAGCUAAUUUUGGUAGGGACAACAUGGCAUUGCGUGAGCGAAUAAAUUAUGGGCCUGGAUUUUCUAACCCUGACUAUUGUGACCUUGAUAUUGCCUCUGGUUACAUGUCCGACGGGGAUUGUCUGAGGCGAAUAAAUGUAAAUGAAAUGGACUGUGAACGUAAUAAUGAUAUUAUGGACGGAUAUAUGUCAGAAGGUGGAGCAUCUUUAUAUGGCCGGAGAAUGAAUUAUCAACAAUCAUCACAGUUCCAACAACUUGAUGAGAGACGUGGUCGUAGAGGCAUGGAAGGCGGAAGCGGUGUGGUGUACCGAGUGGUAGGCCGUAAUCGCAGUAAGGCUGACUGCGGCCAACAAACCGAACGCCAACCGCCAGCCCCCAGACAAGAUACCACCUGGAAGAAAUAUACCGACUCACCUGGUGUUGGAACUCCACCUUCGAACCAGCCAACACCAGCUCCACCAAGUCCAUCUCAUGGUAGGAAAGGCGAACGACGUGCUGGACACCAUUCGCCACAACAUCACAAAAGAGAAAAGCUCACUGCUGCCCAACAGUUGGGAAUCGCACCACAUCCUCAAUAUCCAGCUUCAAGCCAAUCAAGUCAACAUUCGUCAAGAAGUGGAGGAUCGCAGUUACAGUCACCUAGUGGUUCAUCGCGCCCGUCCAGUGGGAAUGGUAGUUGUUCCAACAAAGCCAAGGUCCCACAGAACUUUGGUUACGUCAAAAGACAAAACGGCCAGCCACCUCCGCCACCUCCAAAUGGACCUCCACAACAUGCACACGGUGGAAGAACAGCUCAAGUAUCAGCAGUGCCCAGAACAAAAGUUAAAGUUUCUGGCGGAACACAAACAUGUACUCAAGACCUCCAAAUACACAAGAAUGGCAUAGGUCCGAAGUCCUUCUCCCUCCAGGGCACGGCGGCGGCACAGCUCUCUGCAUCAGUUCGUGAGAGACUCCUCGGCUCACAGUCACUACCAAAGCCGGGGACACAUGAAUUCGCCGCCCUCUUCCAUCAUCAUAGGCCGUCGCCGAGGGGAGGUAUGAAGAUCAGCGAUGGAAGUCUCUCCGAUACACAAACGUACUCCGAAGUGAAAUCCGACUACGGCAUACCGUACGCUCCAUGGCUGAGACAUAGUAAUACAUACACAAGUGGAAGGCUGUCUGAAGGCGAGUCUAUGGAGUCGCUAACGUCGCUGCACUCCGCGCAACACACACAAUCCCCUAACUCACGCAGCUCACUCACACAUAACAAGCUCAUCAUGCAUCGAGACGCACAGAGUACGAGAUUGAACAGGAGCAACAGCAUCAGCUACCUCAGAGAUAGGACGUUCCCAAGAUCAACGAAAUCCGAGAAACUAUACCCGUCAAUGCUUCAAAGGUCGUCCGAGAGUGACUAUGAACCGUACUACUGUUUACCAGUUCAGUAUGGACCGAGUGGACAAGGUAUAAGUUACGGCGUGUCCGAGCCGCCGUCUCCGUCGCCGCGGUCGGCUCUGAGCCCAACACAUGCGCCUGCCAUCCAUACGCCGAGACACUCGCACCAUUAUCCUAAGAAAAAUGACGACGUUCACGGUUCAACGGCGUCUCUGGUAUCAACGGCGUCAUCACUAGCGGCUGGCGCGGGAUCAGACGAAAGACAUAAUCAUGAGGUUCGAAAGUUACGGAGAGAGCUGGCCGACGCGAAGGAAAAGGUGCACACCCUGACGACGCAGCUGACCACCAAUGCUCAUGUCGUGUCCGCCUUUGAACAAAGUUUAUCGAAUAUGACCCAGAGGCUGCAUCAGCUGACGGCAACUGCAGAACGCAAGGAUUCUGAGCUAACUGAGCUUCGGCAAACAAUUGAACUGCUUCGGAAGCAAUCAAUCCAAGCGGGUUUGACGACGGCGCACAUGCAGUCCAUGGGCAUCCGAGCUGAUGGCGUCAAUGUUACCGGCCAGGAACCACCUCAAAAUCAAACUCAACAGUCAUCACCACAGAGAUUGGCUCAAGGCAAUGGUGCUAUUACCCGCCACCUCUCUACAGAUAGUGUCUCCAGUAUUAAUAGUUUGAGCAGCGGCUCAUCAGUUCCUCACGAUAAGAAACACAAGAAGAAAGGAUGGUUACGGUCGUCGUUCACGAAAGCAUUUUCGAGAAAUGCCAAGAUAUCAAAAACAGCAAAGCAUUCGUCCCUCGGGCAGCUGUCGUCACAGGACAGCUCAUCGGGAUCACACCAUUAUGAUGACCCGCACACGAUCCGAGAAGGAAGCAACGAAAAUAGUCUCGAACAUUCUCACGAAGUUCUUGACAAUAGCAAAGAUAAAACUACAUGCCCUCCAGCCGUCGAAGAACAGACCAAAGAAAAAGCUGACCAAGCCGGUUUAGUGGAUGAACUAAAACGGCAAUUAAGAGAAAAAGACUUGGUGUUAACAGAUAUAAGACUGGAAGCGCUCAGUUCAGCGCAUCAACUAGAAAGUCUCAAGGACACCGUAAUCAAAAUGAGGAACGAAAUGCUGAAUCUGAAACAAAACAAUGAGCGGUUACAAAGGUUAGUGACAUCUCGGUCGCUGGCCGGCAGUCAGAGCUCGUUAGGUACAGGCGGCUCCGCGGUUGAGGACCCCAGACGGUUCAGUCUGGCUGACCAGGCCACCAUGCAUCAGGCGGCUAUGGACAUUCACUCACAACCUUUAGAUUUAGAUUUCAACUGUAUGACGUCUACACCUUCUCGUGAUCUAUCUAAAAAAGGAUCACCCAAGUCUAGUAUGAUGGAACCAAUAUACGGUAAUAAAGCUGUUUGCGAACUAAACGAAAACAGUGAAGCCUUACUUGGAGCGCUAAAUGGUGCUAGUGAUAUGUUUAGUAAUGGUUUAAGCGGCGGAGAAAGGAUAAGCGGAGAUUAUGAUAUCAAUACCGUUUUACCACCACCCAAGAGCCGAGAGCUGGCGAUAGGGGAAAGUUACUCAGAUAUCGGUGUCGCUGAUAGUCAAGGCGAUACAACGGACGGUAAGAAAAUUGCGAUAGCUGUGUAUUUGGGCCAACCAGAAACAUUCCAAAGAUAUUUCGAGGAAGUGCAAGACACGUUAACCGAAUCAGAAUGUAGAUUUUACGCGAAACAGAGCGCCAACGCUUUUAAUAACCAUUUCGAUAAACAGCCCAGCUUCGAUUCACCGAGGAUGUCACAGAAUCACAGUCCGGAAAUAGAAACGCUGGAUUACCAACAAACUAUAAACAAAUCCAACACCAAUAGCCUCAAAAGCAAUAAAUCUACGCACAGUAAUUCCUAUAAGAACGUAUAUAAUAGUGAUUCGACAAUAAAUUGCAAUGAGUUUACUAUUGCGUUUACAUAUAUAUCUGGCAAAACAACUUGGCAGAAUUUAGAUUAUAUAGUUAGGAAAACGUUUAAAGACUACCUGUCGAGGAUAGAUCCUGGCACGAAUCUUGGUCUCAACACCGAUUCGAUAACGUCCUACCAUUUGGGAGAAGCGACGAGAGGUCCGGAGAUAUGUUUCCCUGAACUACUGCCUUGUGGCUAUAUAAUUGGAACUGUAAAUACUCUAUACAUUUGUCUGCAAGGAGUAGGGAGCUUAGCUUUUGAUAGCCUUAUACCAAAAAAUAUAGUUUAUAGAUACGUUUCGCUUUUGUCGGAACACCGGAGGGUAAUUCUUUGCGGCCCGAGCGGUACUGGAAAAUCAUACUUGGCAGCUAAAUUGGCGGAAUUUUAUGUACAAAGGACGCAGCGAAGAGGAAAUCCAGUAGAAGCCGUAGCUACAUUCAACGUGGAUCGGAAGUCGUGCAACGAAUUGCGCGCGUACCUUGGGAACAUCGCAGAGCAGUGCAGUGGAGCUGCAGCUGGAGAGGAGGCGCUGCCCGCCGUUGUAGUGCUCGAUAAUCUGCAACACGCCUCGGCUCUCGGGGACGCCUUUGCGGGUCUUUUGCCGCCAGACAACAGGAACAUGCCAGUCAUUAUAGGUACCAUGUCACAAGCAACAUGCAAUACGACAAAUCUUCAGCUACAUCAUAACUUUAGAUGGCUGCUGACCGCCAACCACAUGGAGCCAGUUAAAGGGUUCUUAGCAAGAUAUCUUCGUCGAAAACUAUUUUCUCUGGAACUGAGACUGGGUCGCCGCGAGCCAGCCCUUGCAGCGGUUCUGGAAUGGCUGCCCGGUGUGUGGUCAACCCUUAAUGCCUUUCUGGAAGCGCAUUCCUCGAGUGACGUUACCGUCGGACCUCGGCUGUUCCUUGCUUGUCCCAUGGACUUAGAAGCUAGCCAGGCUUGGUUUGCGGAUGUAUGGAACUACAGUAUAGUUCCGUACGCAUCGGAGGCUGUACGCGAGGGAGUUGCACUGUACGGACGACGACGACAUGCCGCCGUGGACCCUCUACAACACGUCAAGACAACCUAUCCAUGGAGAGAACCAAACCAUUCACAUACGUUACGACCGAUAUCAGUGGAAGAAGCAGGUAUUGAAGAAUCGAAUCAAGAUGUAACUACUACCAACAACCAAGAUCCAUUGUUGAAUAUGCUAAUGCGGCUACAGGAAGCAGCUAAUUACAGCGGUAACCAAAGUCAGGAUUCCGACAACGCUAGCAUGGACUCAAAUCUAACACAUGACAGCUCCAUGGGCAACGAGCUUUAAGAUAUAACGUCCGGGUCACAAAACAUUAUAAUAUGUUUUUUCCUUGUAGGAUAAAUGACGUAUUGUCUGCGACAACUAAUGUUUGGCCCAAAUUUCUACACAUUUGGGCCAACUUGUAUAGAUUAUACUUUAAGUGACAUCUUUCACGAAUAAUUUCUAGUUCCUUUAAUUUUGGAUGUAUAUUAAAAUGCUUUACAUGCACUUCAAUAUCUAGGAGGUAUAUCGUUUUGUGAAUAUUCAUAGAUGCGUUUAUGAUUUUUUAAUUUUAAUUAUUUUACAAAGCCAAAUAUUUGCCAUAUGUACAUUAUUUAUAUUUAUUUAUCAAAAUAAAAUGCUUUAGUUUACGUCCUAGGUGCUUAAUAACCUUGAUUUUUUUUUUUGAAAAAUAAAUAAUAUUAUAUUACUUUAAUUAGAAAGGAAUUGCUCUGCAUGUUUGUGAAUUCUAGCAAAUAUCAUAAGCGAGAGUAUCAGCCUUUCUGUAAAUGAAUGUUUAAUAUGGACUUUUUAACAUUUUUGUUAAAAAAUUUAAUACGAUGAUCUAUCUUUCGAGAAAAUUCUACUAGUGCCUGGAGCGAGGUAUUCCAUUUUUGAAAUAUUCGAACAGCAAAGAACUUUUGAUGUUAUAUUGAAGCAUUGUGGCUUUUACUAUUGUUAUAUUUUUUCAAAGUUAGGAUACGAACAUGUGUAUUACUAUGAUAUUAUAUGUAAUAUAUUAUGAAAGUGUAAUUUUUAUACCAUUUUCAUAUUAAAACUCAUGUACCUAAUACAAAUAUUAAUCUGUAAAUAAAAAUUGUUUAAUAUUUUUUUUCUACUUGACUUCACUAACCGCCAUUUGCAAUAAAUUAUACAGCGUUAAUUUUGUAUAGAAAUUAGUAACGUCAAGUUACUGUGUUCGGUAUGUUUUUACUUGUGUGCAUAACUGAAACGUGAUAUCUACAAUCUAUGCUUUACAGAUAUUGUGAAAUAAACAUUGAUUAUAUUA